UACUAGCGUUUACUUCAUUGUGUAUAUACUAUAUAAAUGUUAUAUGCAUCUUAUUUUUCUGUAUGAUAGCAUAGUAAGUUCAGCGAGCUACUUGGUUGCCUGGUUAGCCAUUGUUGGCGCGUCUUGAUUAGUUUUGGAUGCAGUUGCCGCAUUUGUUUUUCGUGGAAAAGUGAAAGUGUCAAGAUAAAUUAAUUGGUUUUUCUCGUUGAAAUUCAACAAAUACAUAUUUGCUUGUCUAAUUUUAUUAAAUAUUUUAACGUAGUCAUUUACAAAAUGGACUUCUUAGAGUACAACGACAUAACCGCGGAGGUUAAAGGUGCUAUGGCACCUGGAAGGCUGAAGUUGACCGAUCAGCACUUAAUAUUCAAGAAUCAAAAGACAGGUAAGGUUGAACAAAUUCCGUCAUCUGAAAUGGAAAUGGUAAAUUUUCAGAAGUUUGUUGGAUCAUGGGGCAUCAGAAUAUUCUUGAAGAAUGGUAUGUUACACAGAUUUCGUGGCUUCAGAGAAGGGGAUCAGGAAAAAAUUGCCAAGUUUUUUAAAUCCAAUUAUAACAAAGAUAUGCUAGAGAAGGAAUUAAGUUUGAAAGGUUGGAACUGGGGUACAGCAAAGUUCUAUGGUUCAGUUCUAAGUUUUGAUGUUGGUCAUCACACAGCCUUUGAAAUCCCACUUUACAACGUAUCUUCAUGUACAACAGGAAAGAACGAGGUUACACUUGAAUUUCAUCAGAGUGAUGAUGCCCCUGUGAGUCUCAUGGAAAUGAGAUUUCAUAUUCCAACAACUGACACUAGUGAAACAGAUCCAGUUGAUCAAUUCCACAAAGAAGUUAUGGAUAAAGCUUCUGUUAUCAAUAUUAGUGGUGAUGCUAUAGCUAUUUUCAGGGAAAUACAAUGUCUUACACCUCGUGGUCGCUAUGAUGUCAAAAUUUUCCAGUCCUUCUUCCAGCUUCAUGGUAAAACUUUUGACUACAAAAUACCUAUCACAACAGUUAUUCGAUUGUUUGUUCUGCCACAUAAGGAUAGUAGGCAAACUUUCUUUGUGGUCAGCUUAGAUCCACCCAUUAAACAGGGUCAAACUCGUUAUCAAUUUUUAGUUUUACUCUUCAGUAAUGAGGAAGAAACAUCUCUUGAAUUGCCUUUUACUGAGGAAGAAUUAAAGGAUAAGUAUGAAGAUAAGUUAACAAAAGAGCUCAAAGGUCCUACCUUUGAAGUAUUUGGGAAAAUCAUGAAAACUAUUAUUAAUAGGAAAAUUACUGGUCCGGGGCAUUUUGUUGGUCACUCAAAUUCACCUGCGAUUGGCUGUUCAUAUAAGGCAGCGGCGGGUUACCUCUAUCCGUUAGAAAGAGGAUUCAUUUAUGUUCAUAAACCACCUAUCCAUAUUCGUUUUGAAGAAAUAAGCUCAGUUAAUUUUGCCAGAGGUGGAGGUUCAACUAGAUCAUUUGAUUUCGAAAUUGAAUUGAAAAAUGGCACACAACACACAUUUAGUAGUAUUGAAAAAGAAGAGUAUGGAAAGCUGUUUGACUUUAUCAAUAAUAAGAAACUUCAUGUCAAGAAUAGAGGUAAAGGGGACAAACUGUCUUACAAAGAUGACUUUGGAGACAGUGAUCAAGAAGAAGAACCCGAUGCAUACUUGGCGCGUGUUAAAGCUGAAGCUAAAGAGAGGGAUGAAGAUGAUGAUGAUGACGAUGAUGAUGAGUCGACGGAUGAGGACUUCAAACCUACUGCAGAAGAAAGCGAUGUUGCUGAAGAGUAUGAUAGCAAUCCUAAUGAUACCUCGGACAGUGAUGCUGAUUCAGAUGCAGGAUCGGAUGAUAGUUCUAAGAAAGGGAAGAAAGAAAAGAAAGAAAAGAAAAAAUCAAAGUCUGCUAAAACAGUAUCUGAAAAGCCUCGAAAACCACGCAUAUCAAAAAAGGAAAAAGACGAAAACAAACCAAAAAGGGGCCAAACCGCUUAUAUGUACUUUUUAAACAGUGUAAGAGAAGAAAUCAAAGCUAAGAAUCCAGGAAUAAAAGUCACUGAAGUUUCACAAAAAGGUGGUGAAAUGUGGAAAGAGUUGAAAGACAAAUCUAAGUUUGAAAAGAUGGCUGCAGAAGACAAAGAAAGAUACGCAAGAGAAAUGAAGGAAUAUAAAGCUUCCGGUCAAAGCUCAAAAGUAUCUAAAGAAAAGAAAAAGUCAGAAAAGAAAACUAGUACCAAGAAGGAUACCAAAAAAGAGUCUCCUAGUAAAGCAAUGGCUGGAGGAGUAUUCAAAAGCAAAGAAUACAUAAGUGAUGUUGACAGCAGUAGUAAUGACGGUAGCUCUAAAAGUAAACCACAAAAACGCAAACAUUCCUCGAGCGAAGCUGAUAGUGACAAAAGCGAAAAAGAAGACAAGAAGACCGAUAAGAAACCCGUGAAAAAUACAAAGAGCAAAAAAGAGUCUGAAUCUGAAGUCAGUGACGCAGCGUCUGAGGAAGACGAAAGUGCACAAUCAAGUGAAAUCGAUAGCGAUUAAGAAUUUGGCUAAUACUCGAUCAAUCGCAAAACUGUUUUUCGUGAUACAGUGUCAGUGUUGUAUAAAUAAAAGUUACUCUAAGCUGCAUUAACAACUGUUCAAGUAUUUUUAUGAUUACGUAUUUUUAUCAAGACAUUCAUUACGUUUUCUGCAACUCAUUUUUACAAUGGUAGUUUAUUCUUUAAUAAACAUAUGAUGGUUCAAUAAAAUUAUUGUAUUUAGUCAUUUUCUUUCUACAAAAGAAACAGUUUUUACAUUUAUAGUACAUUUCCUACUUGAGACAACACAUGAAAAAAUAUCCACAAUCAAGUUACUUCAAGAACACAAAAUAAAAUAGCACAUACAUAAACUAUUCUCAUCUCACAACUAAACAAUUGUUGUGAUACAAUAAUCUUAGUAAGUUUAUACAUCAACACUAGAAGUUGAAAGUAGUUCAGUGGAAUUCUUGUAGUGAUUAAAUUGAGGCAGAGUAAUAGAACAUAUUGUUUGAGCAGAGCAAGGAAUACAUAUUACAUACUGUAGCCAUUUACUGAAUUGACUAGAC